UCCAAACCAAUGUUUAAAGAUACAGUGUUCAUCUCCAACCUCGCAGCUACUGCCAUCACAGGAAAGGAUGCCUGGAACAGGCCAACUCCACAGCCGAUUGGGAUCACGGUGUCGCUUGCCACCGAUUUCCAUAAUGCUUCUGUGACUGAUAAUUUGAAGUAUUCAUUGAAUUAUGCGGUGAUUUCUCGUAAUAUUUCCGAAUAUAUGAAACAAAAUGAACAUCAUAAUUUUAAAUCUCUUGCUAAUAUAGGAGAAUCUAUAAGUGAUUUAUUAUAUAAAACCAAUGCUAAACAUGAUAAUUUCCAGGCAAAGGUCAGUAUUAAAAGCACUAAAUCAGAAAUUAGAGCUAAUUCUGUUGAAUAUGUGCUCUCACGUGACAAGACCGGAGCUAAAUUGAUCGAUACUCCAGAUGAAUAUAUUGUUCAUGGAUUAAGAUUACUUACUAUCAUUGGGGUAUUUACAUUUGAAAGAUUACAACGUCAGAUUGUUGACGUUGACUUGUGUAUCAAAUUAAAACCUGAAGCUAAUUUAACCAUUCAUAAAAUCAUUGAUGAUGUUGUAUUAUAUGUUGAAAGUUCAAACUUUAAAACCGUGGAAACUUUGGUGAUGAAAAUAGGACAAUUGAUUCUUCAAAACCAUGGUGGAGAUGUCAUGAUUGAAACUGUAGAUGCCAAGGUCACCAAGCCAAAUGCCAUAACAUUCACUGACGGGGUUGGUGUCACAUCGAAAAUGAAUGAGAUAUCUUUCAAAGAUGUUAAGGAAAAAAUUGAUAUGUCUGCCUUAUCCAAUGCUUCUACCCUUAAUUCCAAUGAAUUUAAUUUACCAACCAGUGUUGAAGACUCAAAUUUUAAUAAAGAUUCCGAACAUGUAGCAUACAUUGCCUUUGGAUCAAACGAGGGGGAACAAGUGGAAAACAUUAACCGGGCAGUUGAACUUCUUGAAAGUGCUAAAAUUAAGGUUCUUGCAACCUCAUCACUUUACAUUUCUAAACCAAUGUACGUCAAGGAUCAAGCUGAUUUCUAUAAUGGAGUCUUCAAGGUAUCCUUUCUGAAUUUAAGUCCACAUGAUUUGUUGAAAACUCUUAAACAGAUUGAAUAUCAAGAAAUGAAUCGAGUUAAAGAAUUUACAAAUGGACCAAGAUCUAUUGAUUUAGAUAUCUUGUUAUAUGAUGACGUUGUUAUCAACUCCAAUGAUUUGAACAUUCCUCACAUUUCAAUGCUUGAAAGAUCCUUUGUUAUGCAACCACUUUGUGAAUUAGUUGUUCCUGAUCAACUUCAUCCAGUUAGUGCAGAGCCUUUACAUAAUCAUUUAAGGGAACUUUUGAAGAGUAAACCAAACGAUCAAAUUCAGGAAUCUGCAGAUUUACUACAAAUUGUACCGAUCCCAAGAAUCCCAGAUUCUAGUAACCCACUUAAAUUUGAUCAAGUGGAUCAUACUAGUAGUACUUUAAUUAUGGGGAUCCUUAACGUUACUCCUGAUUCAUUUAGUGAUGGGGGUAAAAACUUUGGAAAUCCAAUUGAAACCAUUUGUAGCAAUGCCUUACAAUUGAUUGAAUCUGGCGCUACCAUUAUUGAUAUUGGUGGUGUUUCAACAAGACCAGGAAGCGUUGAGCCAACUGAAGAGGAAGAAUUAGAGAGAUUAAUCCCAGUUGUUGAAGCAAUUCGUAGCUCUUCAAAUGAGUUGUUACUGAAUUGUAUAAUUUCUAUCGAUACUUAUAGAUCAGGAGUGGCAGAAAAAUGUCUUUUAGCAGGUGCUGAUAUUAUUAAUGAUGUAUCUAUGGGACUUUAUGAUGAUAAGAAAAUGUUUGAGAUUGUGUCUAAAUAUGGAUGUCCAUAUAUUAUGAAUCAUACCAGAGGUACCCCUCAAACCAUGUCCAAAUUAACCAACUACCAAUCCAAUACCAAUGAAGACAUCAUUGAAUAUGCUACUGAUCCAAGAAGAGAAUAUUCCGAAUCUAAUGAUUCUGCAGUGCAGAAUCUUACCCAUGGAAUUUCACGUGAAUUAGCCCUUCAAAUGUUGAAGGCAUUUGAUCAUGGGGUAAAGAAAUGGCAAAUUAUUUUAGAUCCUGGUAUUGGAUUUGCAAAGACUCUUUCUCAAAACUUAACCAUUAUCCGUCAUGCUUCAUUUUUCAAGAAAUAUGGUGUUUUAGUCAAUGAACGUGAUGAAAAUAAUCAUGUUAAGCACUCAUAUGUUUCAUUUAAUGGUAUUUCAUCACUUUUAGGUCCUUCAAGGAAGAAAUUUUUGGGAACUAUUUGUAAUGAGCCAGUAGCAAGUGAUCGUCUUGUUAGCACUGCUGCUUCUAUCAUGGCUUGUAUUGAACAAAACACAGAUAUUGUUAGAGUUCAUGAUGUUGCAGAAAUGAAGAAGGUAUGUCUUACUGGUGAUGCUAUCUACAAGGGCAAGUAUUAA